GGUAGAACUUGGGCAUCUUCUAAGCAUCCUCUUCGCCACGCAAUAGACAGCUACAAUUCAACCUCUUCGCCAUCACAUCUUUUCUUUUCUUCCUCGGGUUGGUGGCUGACGGCGAGUACCGAGUCACUUUCCCCGGUGUUUCUUGUUGUGGCGGAGCUGCCACCUUCGACCUAGCCGAGCCUUCUUCAACUUCCACUAUAAUAUCGCUGCUAUUCAUGCCGCAAUCGGCGUGGCGCCUGCUCUUCCCCUCCCGGAAGAAGAGCAGCGGUUGAAUCGUCGAUCGCGGCGGCGGUCAUGGCGUCGAUCCGUCGAACUUCCCCCUUAAAGGGCCACUUUAUGGUGGGCAAGGAGCAGCACUACGCUCCCUCUCUUCUGCUCGACUUCCGCUGCCGGCGAUCCUUCGUCCGCGCUCUCUUCUUGUCCUUUCUCGCCGGCUUCUUCUGGGGCCUUGUAUCCUUUCCCGACCUCGAGGGUCCCACGCUUUCCCCUCCCCACGGCUUGUUCCAUGAUCCCGACGCUUCCUCUCUCAACAGCAUCUCCGUAGAGGUAGAGGACGCGGAGGAGGUCGGAAGUCCUUUCAAUAAGCUCCUGAUCAUCGUGACGCCGACCUACAACAGGGCGGCUCAGGGAUACCACCUGACCCGCCUCGCCCAGACACUGCGGCUCGUCCCCCCGCCCCUCCUGUGGAUCGUGGUUGAGAUGAAGACAGCCACUGAGGAGACCGCCGACGUCCUCAGGAGGUCCGGAGUCAUGUACAGACACCUCGUCUGCCGCAGGAACACCAGCAUCACUCUCCACAGAGACCUUCGCCAGCGCCACACUGCCCUCAAGCACAUCAAGCGUCAUCGACUGGACGGGAUUGUGUACUUUGCGGAUGAUGACAAUGUCUACACCCUUGACCUAUUUCAUCGAUUGAGGCAGAUCAGGAGAUUUGGCACCUGGCCUGUGGCAAUGCUUCUUCAAAGCAAAAGUAAGAUUGCUGUAGAAGGACCAGUAUGCGAUGGACGCCGAGUGGUAGGGUGGCACAUAAAUGAGAAAAACACCACUUUACAAAGAUUUCCUGUUGAUAUGUCAGGUUUUGCAUUCAACAGCAACAUACUUUGGCAUCCAAAAGAUGUCAUUAGGCUUCUGGAUACCGUGACAGAUGAUUUUGAAGAUACAGGAUUUCUUGAGCAGAUAAUUGAAGAUGAAUAUCAAAUGGAAGCUGUUCCUCGUGAUUGCCCAAGGAUUAUGCAUUGGCGUUUACAAUUGGAAGCUAAACACCUUGCUUAUCCUAAAGGGUGGAAAAUCUCAAAGAACCUUAAUGGCAUUAUUCCUUUAAAUCAGGAAUUCUAAUUUAUUCAGGAAACCGUUGUAGAACUUGGUUUCCCGGCAGAGCAUUUGUUCACACUACAAGAAAUCUGGACAUCCAUCCGCAAUCGUGCGACUGAUGCCUGAAAAUGGCCACUUUUGUUUCCCGGGUUUUAGGAGAUCACAGUAAAAAUUUUCAAUCAUUGAUGCGCUUUUUUCCUGUAGACUCCAUUAAUUGCAUAGUCUGCAUUUGUUAUUCUUUAAGUGGAGAGAGCACCAUAAUUCAUUUAAGAAAGUUUGAUGUACAGAUAUAUCAACGUAUAUACCUUAUUGUGGGUAACAAACUAUUUUGUUUGUUUGUGUUCA